UCACGCGCGCCCCCACCGCACAGUCACGCGCACUCCAGAGAGUUUUUAUUAGUGGGUUUCUGCUUUCGUCUUCUUUUCACUGCCGGGUCCCGCUGCCUGAUCACCGAGCUUCGCCAGACAGCUGCAACUCACCGACCUUCUUCUUCUUUCACUUUUGGAAAGAAUAUCUCCAACCUUCUUCAAAAUGGCCAGCAGAGGAACCGUAAAACCCAGCAGAGACUUCAACGCCAAUGCUGACGCCGAGGUCCUGUACAAGGCAAUGAAAGGGCUGGGGACCGAUGAGGAUGCCAUCUUGCAGCUGCUGACGGCUCGCAGCAACGGUCAGAGGCAGGAGAUCAAGACCAGCUACAAAACUCUGUUUGGAAAGGAUCUGAUAGAUGAUCUGAAAGGAGAGCUGGGUGGCAAAUUUGAGACUCUGAUCAUAGCUCUGAUGACUCCACCCCUUGCUUAUGACGUGACAGCGCUCCGCAAUGCCAUCAAGGGGGCAGGAACAAACGAGAAGGUGCUGGUGGAGAUACUCGCCUCCAGAACACCGGAGCAGGUGAAGGACAUCGUCGCUGCUUACAAAAAGGAGUACGAUGACGACCUGGAGAAGGAUAUAUGUGGAGAUACUUCAGGGCACUUCCAGAGGCUUCUGGUUAUUCUGCUUCAGGGAAACAGGCAGAAAGGCAUCCAGGAGGGCACCAUUGACAGCGAUGCUCAGGCCCUCUUUAAGGCAGGAGAGGAGAAGUUCGGCACCGAUGAGCAGGCGUUUGUUACCAUCUUGGGCAACCGGAGUGCUGAACAUCUUAGGAAAGUUUUUGACGCUUACAUGAAGCUGUCUGGAUACGAGAUGGAGGAGAGUAUCAAGAGGGAGACGUCCGGAAACCUUGAAGACCUGCUCCUUGCUGUGGUCAAGUGUGCCAGAAGCGUCCCAGCCUAUUUCGCUGAGACUCUGUACUACUCCAUGAAGGGUGCAGGUACUGACGAUGAAACCCUGAUCAGAGUGAUGGCCACUCGUAGUGAGGUGGACAUGUUGGACAUCAGGACUGAGUUCAGGAGGAUGUUUGCCUGCUCUCUGUUUUCAAUGAUCAAGGGAGAUACCAGCGGCGACUACCGUAAGGCCUUACUGCUGCUCUGUGCUGGAGAUGACGCAUAACCGUGUCCAACACUCAGCGAUAGGAACUACACCUGAAGUGCCUCCUCCCUACGACCAAACUCUGUUGUAUGAGAGAGACGACCUCCGUCGGGUCUUUUAAACUAUGAUUCCGAAUAUUGUCUUUGAAGGGUAGCUAACAUUAUGUCCACAUUUAUGCAGCUUUUUGUCCACUAAUGUCUUCAUUCAUCAUUUAUUAUGAUAAAAUAUCAGACUUGUUUUGUUUGCAUUUGUAUGGCAGUACCAAAAUAUAAAAUAAUGCAAUAAUAAAUAUUUCAGUUGAUGAAGGUCAA